AUGGGCGCGCGAAUAUCGAGCGAAAAGCGUUUUAGCUCGAAGUUUAGAAAGAUCAAGAAUGUACUCCAUUCUUCGUCUAAAUCACGAGCUACAAAACAAUCGGAUUCAACACUGGAGAAGUUGCCCGUAGAGAUUCUAUUGAAAAUCAUGCGAUCUCUCAAUGUCUCAGACGUUUUCAUUGCAUUCACAUGCCCUCGCAUGUAUGCAAUGUUCAAAGACGUGUUUCCGCGACCAAUCAGUUUAUGUAACACCGGUGUUACCCCUCAUAUUGAUCAUCUUGAUGCUCACAAGAUCAAAAAAGUCCAUUCAAAACUCAUCAAGUACGCACCAAUGCUGAGAAUAUAUAAACCCAAAGACUAUAUAUACAGAGUAGUGACGCGCGUAUGUAAGCCUGCGAGAUACGAUAUGGAACUGGGGCUCUUAUUUCGUUACGAACACUAUGGUCGGUUUCUUCGCCGACCAUAUUACGAUGAUGAAAAAAAUUACAGAGAUCUUAAGGAUAAUUAUCUUAACUAUGAGUUGUUUUCCCAUUGCUGGGCCGAAAUCAUGGAGGGUGUAUUCACGUAUCCGUACCCACACAAUAAGGGCCGAGCCAUCUACGAGAUGGAGAUAAAACAAGAAAUUCAUCGGCUACUAGAUUCGAUGGAUGAUGCAACUCCUAAGCAGUAUAUCUUACGCGAGUUCUUCAUGAAGGAGUUCCUAGCAAUUGGUACAUCUGUAGAGGUGAAAGACCUCGUUCUUGCCAAUUUGUCUUUAAUACAUUUUAGUAAAUGGAGAGAGAUGUUGGAUUUCUAA